UUCAUGUUUCUAUCGUGCGCGGCGCUCGCGCCAUGAUGUGGAUCGAGUGCGCGAGUUGUGGGGAACUACUCGAGGACUGACAUGACCGAGUAGGCCUACUGAGUCGAAGUUUGACUCAGACUUCAGAACUGAGCUGAGUGGCUGAAAGUGAAACGAAUGACACGAUGGAUAAGUAUGAGAAAAUACGUGUGGUUGGGAGAGGAGCUUAUGGGACGGUGUAUCUCUGCCGUCGCCUCAGCGACCAGGAACUGGUCAUCAUCAAGCAGAUACCGGUUGAGCAGAUGACGGGUGAGGAACGACAGGUGGCUGUCAAUGAAUCCAAGGUACUCGCCAUGUUGGAUCAUCCCAACAUCAUCAAGUAUUAUGAGAACUUCCUGGAGGACAAAGCCUUGAGUAUCGUCAUGGAGUAUGCUGAAGGUGGAACUCUGUUUGAUUAUCUGCAGCACAGAGGAAGUGCCCUACUAGAAGAAGGGGAAGUUCUGCGCCUGUUUUGUCAGCUGCUCCUGUCCCUUCAACACGUCCACUCUAAGCAAAUCCUGCACCGAGAUCUGAAGACGCAGAACAUCCUGCUCAACAAGCGACGGGAUGUCUUAAAGAUAGCCGACUUUGGCAUCUCCAAGAUUCUCAGCAGUAAGAGCAAGGCCUUCACCGUGGUAGGCACUCCUUGUUACAUCUCUCCUGAGCUGUGUGAAGGCAAACCUUACAAUCAGAAAAGUGACAUCUGGGCUGUAGGCUGUGUGUUAUAUGAACUGCUUACCUUCAAAAGGGCCUUUGAAGCAGAUAAUCUCCCUGCUUUGGUGAUGAAAAUAAUGCGUGGAUUCAUUGCACCAAUCUCGGACCGCUACAGUGACGAGUUGAAACGGCUUUUGCUGCAAAUGCUGCACUUGGAUCCUGACAAGAGACCGUCCAUCAACCAAGUGAUAGCAGAGCCGAUCAUCAUCAAAAUGUUGGCCAAUGUCUAUAUGGAGAUUGGACGGGUCAAAUGCCCGCUGAAGAUUCCCAAGCCAUUUGUGGUUUCAUCCAGCUCUGUAAACUCCAAGGUACAGAACCAAAAGAACAGCAAGAAAUCCCUCUCCAGGAAAAGCUCCAGUGUAGUUCUGGACAGUAGCACCUCCAACGUGCCCAAGCUCCGCCCACUCUCGACUGUCUCUUUCUGGGGUCAUGGGGUCAUCACCCCUGUCAGACUCCCCCUCCCCCACAGCGACACCCAGAUAGUUCAGGUUGCCACCGGCCGCACUCAGAAGGUGGCUGUCACAAAGAACGGACGACUUAUCAUCUGGGAGUUUUCAUCAGUUGGGGCAGAUUCCACCAUGUUGCCUGGAGCUGUUGACCAGCAGUACCCUACCUUCAUCCCACGCUACUUAGAAGGUCAGUCAGCGGUCACCAUCCAGCAUGUGUCCUGUGGGGAUAUGUUCACAGCUUGCUUGACAGACAGAGGCAUACUGAUGACUUAUGGCAGUGGAGCCCAUGGCAGCCUGGGGCAUGGCAACUACCACGACGUCUCCCAGGCCAAAAUCGUGGAGGAGUUGCUAGGUUACGAGGUUGUCAUGGUAUCGUGUGGUGCAUCGCACGUCAUGGCUGUCACCACUGACAACGAAGUGUUCUCCUGGGGGAGAGGAGACAACGGACGCCUAGGUCUGGACAGUCAGGAAUCCUUUCCUUCACCACAGAGUGUCAGCCUUCCAGCAGUGUGCCACAUUGCCUCGGUACACUGUGGCUUAGAUUGCUCUCUGCUGCUGACAACAGACAAGAAAGUUCUGGCAUGUGGAAGCAACAGAUACAACAAGCUUGGUCUGGAUGAUGUCGGUCCAAACACGAAGACACGCGUCAAAGUUGACGAGAUGCAUACCUACACUCUGGUGGCUUCCCACCCUAUUCACCAAUUGCCAGUCAGGAGUGUUGCCAUAGGAACAGCUCAUGCUGCCAUGGUUACAGAUGACAAUGUAUGCUUCACUCUUGGCUCCAACCAGUUUGGCCAGCUUGGUUGCGAGACUGAAACCAACUCUCCCAGAAUCCCUUGCUCUCCCGUAUUCCACGAGGAUGUUGCAAUUACAGCCGUGGCAUGUGGGGAUAUGUUCACUGUUGCAUUAGCAUCAGAUGGACAAGUUUUUUCCUGGGGUAAGAGCUCCAGAGGUCGACUGGGCCGCCUGGAAGACCAUUCCGCCAUACCACAGAAAGUGGACCUGAAUGAGGAAGAACCGUUUGUGAUUACCUCCGUCUCCUGUAACCAUGGCAAUACACUGCUGGCCACCAGAUCACGUGUGAGUGAAGCAGAUACUCCUUGAUCUGGUGCAUGAGAUCACCAGACAGAACACUCGACUCCCUCUCCCACUUUGGCCAUGAUUGGCCAGUCGCCCUCCAGAGAUUGCUGCAAGGCAACUCAUGGGGAUUGAAAUAUGGAUCAGUUUCUGAGGUGGGAGGGUACUGACCUGCAUGGACUACUUUUGCCGGUCACAGGAGAUCAUGACGCGUGGCCUGCCUGUGCUGCUGUCCAGAGAGUCAACUUGACAAGCAUGAUGGUGCUGUCUUGUUUAAAUAGUUCACAGAAAACAACCAAAUGGUAAUUGAUUGUUACCUUGCAUAGCCGAUGCUUUGAGCACCCAUUCGUUCGCGGGAAACAUUGUGUAUUCGUAUCUCAGCUGGAUGUGGAAAGACGUUUUGUGUCAAGGAACUGAAAAGUAAGCUAUCAGAAGAACUAAAUUUAUAACAAUGUGCAUUGACUAUGUUUUUUACCAAACCAAAAUUGAAGUACAUGUAUUUUUUUUCAACAAGAAUUUGUAAAUUUGUAAAUAACUUGUAUUUUCAUUAUUUAAAUUAUUUUUGACAAAGUUAUUUAUAUGUAAUAACUUCUCUUAAUAGCAUGAUGCGCAAGUACAACUUUGUUUUCAUAAACACGUAUUAUAUUUUCAUUCUAAGAUUGCACUGUGUAUGUGCAUUUUAGCUGUGCAGAUCUUGUUUAGGCCGAGCGUAGAAAGAGGUCACAUUAUGUGGGGUUCAGAGAUGUAAUUUUGACCAAAGUAGACCACGAACAUGUUGGACUAGAGUUUUGUUAAGUUUCAAAAAGCUGACAUCUUCAGCCAGGAAAGUGUCUGGAAAAUUAGGAGAUAAGUUUUCCUGACAUCAUAUCAUUUUGUACAAAUAACAGCAUUUUUUUAACAGAAGAGCUCAAAAGUCCUGCGAUAUCAAAUUGGAAAAUGUGUGUACAUUCACUUGCAUUGUACUGAAUUUAGGCUUAUUCUGCCAUCUUGGAUAUCCAAACGUCAAACUUCAAGACUGAUUCUUUGUCAAUGCAUUCAUGUUAUUGAAUCAGUGUCCCACCCAAUCACUUUCUGUAUGCAAAUAAAACAAAUUUACAGUUGUACAUUUA